UUCCAAAAACCCUCACACCAUGGCCUCCACGACCAGGCCCUUCAUCUUCACCCUCGCGCUCCUCGCUAUUUACACCUCCCUGCCACUCACCCUCUCCCAGCCCACCGCCGACCUUUGCAACGGCGUCUUCAUCUCCUACUCCUACACCGACGGCAAGCAGAUCGCCCCCACCAUUCUGCCCCGCCAGCCCUACCGCUUCGAGUCCCUCCUCACUGUUCUCAACAACGGCGAAGAGGACCUCAAGUCCUGGAAGGUCUUCGUAGGGUUUCAGCACGGCGAGUACUUAGUCUCCGCCGACGGCGCUGUCCUCGCUGACGGGAGUGCGUAUCCCGGAAGCGUGGAGAACGGCACCGUUUUCGUCGGGUUCCCACAGACCGAUCUGAAGACGGCGAUUAAGACCGCCGGCGACUUGACGCAGAUGCAGGUGCAGGUGAAGCUGGUGGGGACGCAGUUCGGUGUGAAGCCGCCGAAUGUUCCGAUGCCGGCGAAUAUCUCGUUGGCUAAUGACGGCUUUCGUUGCCCCAAGGCCUCUACGGAAGGGAAGAGUGUGAUGGAAGUCUGUUGCGUUGUAGAUUCUACGGUGAAAACAAACAUCACUGUAGAUGGAGAUUUCCUUCCUCGCCAGAAUGGCGAUCUGUCGAUCAUGUAUGAUGUGACCCGGACGCAGGAAUCAAGUUACUUGGCGCAAGUUACAAUAGAAAACCAUAACGCUCUAGGUCGUCUUGACAGUUGGAAGUUGAGCUGGGACUGGAUGGCGCUAGAGUUUAUCAAUACAAUGAGAGGGGCUUAUCCAUCUGUUGUUGAUUCUUCUGAUUGCAUAUUUGGGGAACAAGGUCAAUACUGGGGGACUCUAGACUUUGCAAAUGUCCUGAGUUGUGAAAAAAGGCCAACCAUUAUUGAUCUGCCUCUUGAAAAGACCAAUGACACUAAUCUUGGUAAAAUCCCUUAUUGUUGCCGAAAUGGUACUAUAUUGCCAAAAACAAUGGAUGCAAGCAAGUCAAAAUCUUCAUUCCAAAUGGAAGUCUAUAAGAUGCCACCAAAUAUCAACCGCUCUGUGAUCAUACCACCUCAAAACUGGGCAAUCAAUGGCUCUCUGAACCCUGAUUAUAAAUGUGGUCCUCCCGUUCGGGUGAGUCCUAGCCAGUUCCCUGAUGCAAGUGGUUUACCAGUGAAUUCAACUGCAGUAGCUAGCUGGCAGGUUGUGUGCAAUAUUACACAGGCCAAGGGAGCAAGCCCUAGAUGCUGUGUUUCAUUUUCUUCUUACCUCAACGAAUCUGUUAUACCAUGUAAAACUUGUGCAUGUGGGUGCCCUAGUAACACAGCUCAAACUUGUAGCACAACAGCACCGGCGAUGCUUCUUCCACCAGAGUCACUUCUUGUUCCCUUUGUGAACCGAUCUGUCAAGGCAAAAGCUUGGGCUGAGCUUUACCACCUACCAGAUCCGAACCCGACUCCCUGUGGUGAUAACUGUGGUGUCAGCAUUAAUUGGCACUUACUCUCAGACUACACUAAAGGAUGGACUGCAAGGGUUACACUCUUUAACUGGGAUGAAACUUCUUUUGCCGAUUGGUUUGCUGCAGUACAACUGGAUAAAGCUUCUCCUGGUUUCGAAAAAAUGUACUCUUUCAACGCUACUCUUGUGGAAACAGAUGGGGUCAACAAAACGGUGUUUAUGCAGGGUCUUGAAGGAUUGAACUACCUUGUGGCAGAAGUUGAUGGAAAAAACCCGGAGAAGGAUCCGAGAGUUCCCGGGAAGCAGCAAUCGGUGAUCUCAUUUACAAAGAAGCUUACUCCUGGAAUUAAUGUGGCUAAAAGAGAUGGCUUUCCUACAAAAGUGUUCUUUAAUGGGGAGGAGUGCUCUCUUCCAGAUAUCAUCCCAAGCAGUGCUCACAGAGCCGUCAAAACAAGCUCAGCCAUUUUGAUGCUUACUGUCCUCCUAAUGGCUGCAGUGUUCAUGCUGAUGCAGCAAUAGCCAAGUAUUGAGGGCACUUCAAGAUCUCUUAGCUGCUGCUCAUUUUUUCAUUCUUUCUGUGGUGACAUUGAUAUAUAUGCUCAACGAGGAGGUAGUUUGCCGAAUCUCAGCUGCCAACCAUCUGUGAUUGGUAUUUUUUAGGGUUAUGAGGAAUCUUGUAUUGGUGGUACUGCAGUUCAUCUUCAAGUGACAGAGCUACAUAUAAUUGAUCGGUCUACAUUUUGUAUAAACAACUAUCUAACUAGGUUGCUUGCUCAGAUUUCUUUUGCUACAUAUAUAUACUUUGGUGAAGAUUCAAUAUAA